CUUGCCAAUUCCACAAUCUCUUCCUCUCCUUCUUUCCCGAUCCCCUUCUUCAAACGUCGUCUACAGCCAUGGUCAAUCCCCGCGUGUUCUUCGACAUCGAUAUUGAUGGUCACCGAAUCGGCAGGGUUAUUAUGGAACUCUUCAAGGAUGAGGUUCCUCUAACGGCCGAAAACUUUCGUGCCUUAUGCACAGGAGAAAAGGGCGUCAGCAAGAUCAGCAGUGUGCCAUUACACUACCGCGGAUCUAUCUUUCAUCGGGUCAUCAAGGGGUUUAUGAUUCAAGGUGGAGAUUUCACAAGGCGUGAUGGAACAGGAGGUGAAAGUAUUUAUGGAGGACUAUUGCAAGAUGAAGGAGGAUUCAAACGGAAACACGACACAGAAGGCCUGUUGUCAAUGGCCAACAAGGGACCCAACACAUCCAGCUCUCAGUUCUUCUUGACUACUCGACCAACUCCUCAUUUGGAUGGGAAACACGUCGUGUUUGGACGCGUUGUGAAGGGAUAUGAUGUGGUGGAAAAGGUUGAAAACACUCCGACGGACGAGCGCAAUGACAGACCAUUGAGCAUAAUCAUGAUCUCAAACUGUGGCGAACUCGAACUCAAGAUACCACCCAAGCUGCUGGAGCAGCAGAAACAGCAACAGGCGGGCGCGGAUCUUAAGCCGCAAGGUCAGAGCGGAAGCUCAAAAAAGAGCCGCAAAGGCAGGAGCGACAGCGACAGUGAGAGUGCAUCCGAAAGUGGAAACGAAAGUGACUCCGAUCGUCGCUCCGCAGGAAAACAAAAGCAUCGUAAGGAUCACCGCCAUUCGCGCUCACGAUCUCGAGCCUCUUCUGACUUGGAAUCUGACUCGGAAAAAGACAGGAGCCACCAUCGAAAAAGAAAGGAGCACUCGUCAAGGCAUGAUAGGAAGAAAGGGCGCUCCAGUAGAAGUGGUCGUAGCCGCAGUCCCAGUCGAGGCCGCAGUGAGCGCGGCAACAAGAGAUCGGAGCGAUCUCGCUCUCGCUCACCUCCCUCAUUAGCUCCAAAGAACGAUACCACACAGAAGGCAGAUACUAAAGACGACGUUGAGUACUACAGUCGUCGACGCGAGGCCGUGCGGAUUGAGCAACGGGCACGCUCUCGCUCUCCUGAGAUCAAGUACAAGGGAAGAGGGAUUAUGAAAUAUCGUGAGAGUCGACCUCGCUGGUAGACUGGUUGUCCUAGUCCCUUUUCGCUUAGGGCAAACCUCUGGAAACAAGCAAGAGCCCCCCCCCUCUGCAUGCACGUCUUGGCAGCGCGAUCAGUAUCUAAAGAAUAAAGGCUGUAUUAAAGAAACAGGUUUACG